GGCCCAGCCUUUCCCGAAGCACGCCUUGUCACUCCGCGAUCUCAGUAUACAGAUGCAGCUGAGGGCACAGGCCGGGGAGAUGAACAUGGGCCAGAUGGCCCUUCCCUCCCAGCAUUGGGCUCUGGAGGACGCUCCGACUCGGGAAGGCAGUGUGGGGACGAGUUUCGAAGGCAAUAUGGAUGCACUCAUGCACUAUAUUGGUCGACCCUCUGCACCUAUUCCUCCUACGCCGUUUACCCAGACUGGCACACCCGCAAUCGACCUGCACGCCCACCUACGCGACCACGAGGAGGAAAUCCCACCCUUGCCAGACUAUGCCUAUCCUCCUCUGCACUUCCCACAUGAGCCUGGCGCAAUGACGGAGAGCACGAUGUCAAGUCCGUUUGAUGGAAACCCGUUCCUCCCGUACCAAGCUAUGAGUCUGCAGAGUACGCCCAGCGUGCGCGGACUGAACCUGCUUCGUUCAGACCAGAAUUGGAUGCGCAGUCGCUUGAACAGCCGCCCAGGCCAGACGCACCCAGGGUACAACCAUAUCAGACCUCCCAGUAGCGUUUCUGGUGAGAGCGCCGAGCCACAGGACACGGAGAGCGAGGGUGAAGAGGAUGAGGACGACGUGUGGAUCGACGAGGCCAGCGACGAUGAUCUUGACGCUGAAUUCCAUCAGGAUUACAUCGUUGACAAGGCGUCACGCCGCACACGGUUCGAGAGCAAAAUGCGCACCCUUGUGCGACAGUUUCGCGAGCUGGACCGUACGACCGACGCCACCAUGCUUCUUAUUGCUAGCAAUCCGGAUCAAAGGCAUACGCACCUCGUGCUAAGCAGGAGCGUGCGGAGGCACCCGAACUACAUCGCUUUUGCCCAGAGUGCAAGGCACAGCUUUGCCCAAGUCGCUGAUUCUAGGCGAGCAGAGAGAGCCAGCCGAGCAAGGAUGACCCAGUACCAGCAGAGACCUUCAACGAUGAGAAGAAAGUCGAGUGGAUUCAUGUUAUCCUCCUAUCCAGCUGGACAGGAUAACAGCGGUUCUGCGACUAGUGACAGUGCAACAAGCGUGACCCGCAGCGCGGUUGCGAGCAGCAUGACAAGCCUGCCAGUGCUUGAACCCCUCAAGACUCUCCGUGCUAUCGACCCGAGUAAGAUGUCCGCCGUGGACUUCCGUACGGCCAUGUUAGCCGAACUUGACAAACUGGGGGCGGUCAAUGGCGGAUUCAAGCAGCAUGCGCAGGCACAGCCAGACUCCACUGAAGAAAUGCAGAGGCGUGCGUUGCAACAAUACCAACAUGUAGGCUUGACUGGGCGGGAAGGCGCAGAGAUACUCUGGCGUAAUAUGCAGGUUGACCGGAGCCUAAGUUCCACUGAUGCCACCGGGGUCAACGGGUCAGAUCUGCGCUAGAUGCUCAGUAUUCCCCAGCAGCUUGUACUUAUUCAUUCAGACCUCCCUCACGUGUUUCGUUUGCAACCUUAUUGUAUGUAAUGAGCCAUGGUCUUGUAUUCAUACAGUGUGCACAUCUCAU